AUGUUGAAGAAGAAAACAGUAGUGCCAGCAGAAUGGGAUGUUAUUCUCCCUACUGUCGUUUAUGCCUACAAUGCAUGCCCGAAUGAGGCAACCGAAGAAGUCCUUAUUUUCUCCUCUAUGGGCAGAACCCUAAGUAUCCAUCACAAGUCAUACCUAGAGAGUACCUUUCAGCCUGUACGGUGGACUACGAUCACUAUAAAACCGAGUUUUUAUCAGGGUAGCUUGCGCGGGAAUCAUUACUCCAACUCAGAGGAAUACCGUAAGAAGAUGAAGGAGCAGUACGACAGAAGGUCCAGAACUCAUAAGGUGGUACCUAUCAAGGAAGGAGAUCGUGUCUACGUAGAAAUCCCAUCUGAGAAAGGAAAGGUAUCCCACCCAAAAUUGACCAUUGAUUGAGCGUACGCCACUGCAGCAUGGGCCCAGGCCUGGCAGCUUAUGCUGGGUAUGGUCUCAGUUGGCGUAGAGCUCGUUCUGGGGAUCCCCGAGACAAAGCUCAAUGGCCAAAAGCUACGAACGAAUUGA